UGGCUCACAACCAACCAAUUUUUCACAUUCUCCACUGAUUACUUUUCCUUCGACCAACGAACCUGCUAAGUUUUACUUUAGAGAUACAUCAAAGAAGAAACAAUGGCAAUUCGUUUUCCUAGUGUUCUUGCCAAGAAAAUCCCCCGUCAAUCUUCAUCCAAGUCUUUGGAUGUACAGAAAGGUUUCAUAGCGGUAUAUGUUGGGGAAGCUGACAAGAAGAGAUUUCUGGUUCCAGUUUCCUAUUUGAACCAGCCUUUGUUUCGGGAUUUGCUAUGUAAAGCUGAGGAGGAGUUCGGUUUUGAUCAUCCAAUGGGUGGUUUAACGAUUCCCUGCGACGAAGAGACUUUCCUUGAUGUCACUUCUAGCUUGAGUAGAUCAUAAGAACAAAUCACAGAAAAACAAUUUUGUAUGGCAGGAAUUGUCAAUUAAAUGUAAAUAUUUUCAAGUACUAUCAAAUUUUCACUGAAUGAGAAAGAUUUUACCAGCAA